AUGGCGAGUGUGAAUUGCAGGGCUACCCCAAAAGAACUGGCCCAGAAUAGUUUCCCAGAUGUGGUGGAGCUAAACGUAGGGGGUCAGGUUUACUAUACGCGCCACUCCACGCUCGUAGGGACCCCUAACUCGUUAUUAGGCAAGUUAUUCUCAACCAAAAAGGACGCCACGAAUGAUUUAGCCAGAGAUCCAAAGGGACGCUAUUUCAUCGACAGAGAUGGCUUCUUGUUCCGCUACGUGUUGGACUUUUUACGGGACAAACAGGUCGUGCUCCCGGAUCACUUCCCAGAGAAAGGCCGGCUGAGGAAAGAGGCGGAGUAUUUCCAGCUGCCCGACCUGGUGAAGCUGCUCUCUCCUGAAGAUUUAAAGCAGAGUCCGGAUGACUUCUUCCACAGCGACUACGAGGACUCCCAGGGCAGCGACCCGCGCCACUGCCCGCCCCCGUCUCUGGUGCCAGCGGAUCGGAAGAGCGGAUUCAUCACGGUGGGGUACAGGGGCUCGUGCACGAUGGGGCGCGAGAGCCAGAGCGACGCGAAGUUCAGACGCGUGCCGAGGAUACUGGUGUGCGGACGGGUGGCGCUGGCGAAGGAAGUUUUUGGGGAGACCCUGAACGAGAGCAGAGAUCCGGAUAGGACCCCGGAUCGAUACACGUCCCGGUUUUACCUCAAGUUCAAGCAUCUGGAGAGGGCCUUCGACAUGCUGUCCGAGUGCGGAUUCCAGAUGGUGGCUUGCAACUCCUCAGUGACUGCGUCGUUCGUGAACCAGCACACUGAGGACAAGGUCUGGUCCAGCUACACGGAGUACGUCUUCUACCGUGGGCCGUCCCGCUGGUCCUCCCCUCCGUGCGACUGCUGCUGCAAGAACCACAAGGGCGACGGGGAGGGCGAGAGCGGCACCUCCAUCAACGACCUCUCCACCUCCAGCUCCGAAAGCAACUCCGAGGUCGGCUCCCCGCAGGAAACCGUCAUCUGCGGGCCCGUCGCACGCCCCCAGCAGCACCCCCACGCCAACGUCCAAACCCUGGAUAGACCGCUCAAAAAGGGUCCCGUGGCUAUGCUCCAGAAGUCCGAACCGCGGAGAAAGAGCGAUUUAAUCCGAGAGUCCGGGAGUUCCAAGAAACGACCGGCGAAAGAGAAGCUAACCGUGGAGGAGGAGCUGGAGAGGUGCAUCCAGGAUUUUCGGAAAAUUAAGAUUCCCGAAAGGUUCCCGGAGAGGAAGUACAAUUGGCAAGCAGAUCUGCUGAGAAAGUACCGCCUUUGA